AUGAUGUGUGUAGAGGGCAAAUCGGCUGGACAUGAAGCCCAAGACUCCGUCGAAGUGGGCUCUGAUGCGAUCUGCCGGGCGGUGAGUCCGUUUCCCAUCGACGUCAUCCACCGGGGGAAACAGAAGGACGUGGCGGAUUCUGCUGACGGCCCGUUCCAUGGAUGGAUGCAUGCUCUCUCCGAUGUCAACUACCUGCACACCUUACUGUUUGCUCUACCCUACACGCGUACAGAAAAUUCGACCUUGGACGAGGCAGGGAUGUGCAGUGUGUGGAGUCGACUUUCGUCAUGA